AUGUCAAGCAACACGUGCAUAAACACAGCGUUACUCGACUUUUGUACGCGACUGGACAAUGGGCCGAAAGCGAGUAGCGGUGAAAGUAACCUCCCGAAGCGUAGUCCGGAGGAAAUGCAAUGGUUGAGGGAAGCACUAGCAUCCGUGGAGCAGCCGGAGAGGAAAAUAAGGCGCAUAUUGGAUGCCGUAGCGGGUGAGGGCCUUUCUGAGGAUGUCUGUUUGGAGCAUUUGGAAGAGUUGAGCGACAUGGUUGAGGACACCAACUGGGCUGUCGAGUUCGUCCUCGGUGGCGGUCACCGGAUUAUCCUGGAUUUCAUGCAUAAGCGAAAGCUGGCCGCUGGGAGCGCGGAGAUACGGCAGGCUGCUGCGAUGGUUGUUGCUCACGCUGCGCAGCUCAAUGAACGUGCACAGAAAUGCUUUGAGGAAAUACAAUGGCAAAGUGUACUGGUCCCCAUGCUGAUGAAGGAAGAAGAUCCCGCCGUUAUUGCUGCUUUGCUCCACGCAUGUAGCUGUCUGUGUCGUGAUUAUGCACCGAAUGCACAGCUAUUUGCUCGUGCAGAUGGUGUCGACAUCAUCAAGGGCUUUCUCGAUGUGGACAGUAUCGGUUCGCGCAGCAACGAUAAGAUAGUUAAGCGUGUGUUGUUCUUCCUGUCAUAUCUUGCUGAGGUUGUGACCGUCGACGUACCGGACUUAACGCAGCGCAUAGCUGCGGUGAUUGACAGUGACGACGAUGAGGUCCAAGUUGUGGUUGCCCGGGCCCUUUUGUCACUUGCGGCUAAGAAUUUGUCAGCUGUUCGUGCGGUACUGCAGGAGGAGAAACCGGGGUGCCUUUCGCAGUGGCAGAGUCAGCUCUUAGAAGAUGAUGAUUGUAGGCGACAGCUAAUGAGGGUGCUGAGCGGCGACGAAUUGAAGGGCUGA